AAAGUCAUCCUUCAUUCAUAAUCAGACUUAUAAUUUUAUAAUUAUUGUUCACAUACUUUCAACGAAACAAAUACGUAAUAACAGGUGAAUGUUAGUACUCUUAUAUAGCAUAAAUUUUUUCACGAUUAGCUAAUGAUUCAAUAGACUUACUAAUAUUUUCAAAUUAUGAAAUCAAAAAUAAAAUAACAAUCUGUAAAAUUUAAAAAUUUGCAAUUUUAUUAUCUUAGGAUAUUUUUUAAUGAAUUAUUGAAUGGGGAAUUACAAAAACCUAGGGAGAGUGUAACACUGCAGUAACUCCAUCAGUAGUAAUACCACCAUCACCACUAGCUUCGUUCUGCCAGCAGCUCCGUCAUCGGUAGCAAGCGAAAGAAUAAGGUCUUCCGUUCCGGCAUAAUAGUCGUGCGAGUUGGCAGACGCGCGACCGUGGAUUAUCUUUUUUCGAUUUUUAUAGCAUUCCCAAGAAAAACUUACAAGAACUUCGUGUUCAUACGUUUAGUGCUGUGAUCAAUUUCUUUACAUUUCGACGAAUAUGAAUGAAGAAUACGACGCGAUCGUGUUAGGCACUGGACUCAAGGAAUGCAUACUUUCAGGUAUGCUGUCGGUCAGUGGAAAGAAAGUGCUCCAUGUAGAUCGUAAUAAAUAUUACGGCGGUGAAUCUGCCUCGAUCACACCUCUGGAGGAUUUGUUUGCGAAAUUCAAAGCCCCCUCACCUGAUGAAACCUAUGGUCGUGGUCGCGAUUGGAACGUAGAUUUGAUUCCAAAAUUCCUAAUGGCAAACGGCUUGUUGGUAAAACUUCUAAUUCACACAGGCGUGACGCGUUAUUUGGAAUUCAAAUGUGUUGAAGGAUCGUAUGUUUAUAAAUCGGGCAAGAUUUCGAAAGUGCCGAUUGAUCAACAGGAAGCAUUAUCUAGUGAUUUAAUGGGUCUUUUCGAAAAAAGACGUUUUCGCAGUUUCCUUAUAUGGGUACAAAAUAUGCAAGAAGAUGAUCCCAGAACUUGGGACGGCUUCGAUCCAUUUAAUAAUAGUAUGAGUGCUUUAUACAAUAAGUUUAAUCUCGAUAAAAACACUCAAGAUUUUACUGGGCAUGCACUAGGUCUUUACAGAGAUGAUGAAUAUAUAAGUCAAAGCGCAAUUACUACUAUAAGAAGAAUUAAAUUGUAUAGCGAUAGUUUAGCACGUUAUGGAAAAUCUCCAUAUUUGUAUCCUAUGUAUGGUUUGGGUGAACUUCCUCAAGGUUUUGCACGACUUAGUGCCAUUUAUGGUGGAACAUACAUGUUAGACAAACCGAUUGAUGAAAUUGUAAUGAAAGAUGGAAAGGUUGUUGGUGUACGUUCUGGCGACGAGGUAGCCCAGUGCAAACAAGUAUUUUGUGAUCCCACAUAUGUACCUGAUCGCGUGAAAAAAGUGGGUCAGGUCAUAAGAUGUAUCUGUCUUUUAGACCAUCCAAUACCAAAUACAGCAGAUGCUCUUUCAACGCAAAUUAUUAUUCCUCAAAAACAAGUUAAUCGUAAUUCCGAUAUCUAUGUAUCUUUGGUAUCGCAUACGCAUCAAGUAGCAGCAAAGGGUUGGUUCAUAGCCAUGGUAUCCACUACAGUCGAGACGAAAAACCCAGAAGCCGAAAUCAAACCAGGUUUGGAUUUACUCGGAUCAAUUAAACAAAAAUUCAUAUCAGUUUCUGAUUAUUUGGAACCAACAGACACUGGUCUGGAAAGUCAAAUUUUUAUAUCAACGAGUUAUGAUGCAACAACGCAUUUUGAAACUACUUGUUUAGAUGUUCUUGAUAUAUUUAAACGAGCUACUGGAGAGGAAUUCGAUUUUAAUAAAGUAAAGCAAGAUCUAGGCGAUGAAGAUCAGUAACCAUAAGAUAAUUAUUGGUCAGUUUUAAAAAUAGUUCAUGCUGAAUUGAAAAAACGAGCGAAUAUAAUUUAAUGUGUGUAUAUCGAUAACGUCGGCGUUUAUCGAAAUCUCGAAGGAGAUGCGAUCAAUUAAUAAAUUUAUGCCUAAUUCUAGAUUCUCUUUAACAGAGAAUUUCAAUAAGAAACGUUAAAAAUUUAUUUUUCAAAUUUAUUCCAAUCUAAUUCUAAAAACUGCCCUUUUUACAUUAUGUCUAAAGUACACGUGUACAACCAUUUUCACAGAAAAUGAAGAUAUUAGAGCUUGUAACAUUUGUCAUUUGGAUAUUCGUCGAUAAAUUUUAAACAAAUUUCAAAAUACAAGUUACUGUGUGGUUUAAGUGUGCCCAUGUAUUCAUCAUGGAUAUAACAUGAUUUGAAUAAAACAUGACAGAGCCGAUUAUCGUGACUUUAUAAAUGUAUCAUAUUUUAAUUAUCAAAUUAAAACAUAAGAAUAUAAUUGUUUAUUGAGAUUGUAAAUGUUAAAAAGUCCUAUAGUUAUAUGACUAAUUGCAGUAGUAAAAAUGCGUUACGACACGAGGUACAAGAUAGAGAUAAUUUAAAAAAAUGAAUUCUACACGCAAUUAUAUAAAUAGCAUGCCGCAGUAUAGAAUUAGAAGAUAUGUCAUAUUGAUUCUGCACAUUUAGUUAUGAUAUUAAUAUAAAUUUCAAACACAUACGUUAAAAAAUUCAAAGUACAUACGUAUAAAUUGCAAAAGCACUCGCAAAGAUUAAUUUGCUUGCAAUAGAAAAUAUUACAAAAAAUGGAUGUCAAAAUAAAAAGAAAGAAAAAAGAGCGGCCAACCAUUUAAAUAUAUAUAUUGAAUAGAUAUAUUAUAUAUACAAUAUAUAUAUAUAUACUUUCUCAUUCUUAAAUAUGUUUGAAUGGGAAUAUAAAAAAAAUGGAAUCGUUGAAAUGUUGUUAUUUUAUGUGAAUCUAAGAGCUGGAAUAUUUCUUUGUCUAAUAUUUACAAAAUCAUUAAUAUGAAUUUUAAAAACACAUUAAUAGAUCUAAAAAAGGAUAAUUAUGUACAGAAUUAAAAAUUACUUUAAAAAUUACUAUACGUGUGCACUUGCGUAUGCGUGAAUGUUUUGUUAUUGAGCGAUUGAUUGGCUAUUUUUCAGAAUUUCUUAUUUCGCUUGCAUUUCUCUUCAAACUGUAAGCGCACCGUGAAUUUGUAUUAUGUAUAAAAUUUAUUGAACAAAAAAAAAGUAUGUGAUUUCCUAUUACUUUAUCUAAAACGUUAUUCACAUAACUGUAAUGUGACAGUCAUAAAAAAAAAAAUAAAUCGUAUUAUAUUAAUUUCA